GUGUUAAGUCAAUGUCAUGUCAGUGAAAAAAGUAAAUAAUAUUUUAUUAAUUUAAAAAAUGUAGUUUUAUAUCUUUUAAAUUUAACCAUUUUAAAACUUUUUCACGAUUCCAAAAAAUUUGCAGUCAUACAACUUUUGUAAGUUUGUAGGUUAAGAUUAACUUUUCCACCACUAAGUUUGAGGCAGUAUAAGAAACAAGUAUAUCAUAAAAUGGGCAAAUCUAAGGAUGUAUAUAAUCCUAAUAAAAUCCAAAAGCCUUUAAGUAAAAAACAAGCUCGGAAUCAAAAUUUAGACACUAACUGUCUAGAAAAUACUCCUAUACUAAUGCGCAUGGAGAUAGACCGCAUCUUUAAAACCUUUGUAGAUGAUCCGGAGAGCAGUGAAUACAUUUUUCCAUCAGAUUUAAAUAAUUUCCAAAGGAAAUACAUCCACUUUAAGGCGGCCCAGAUGAACUUCAUUUCCAGAUCAUAUGGUAGAGAACCCAACAGGAAAUUACACAUCAAGAAGAAAGCUUUCAUGCAGAAAGAUGCUAAGAAAUUUAACAUUUCCGUUUGUCCAGGCUCAACAAGAUGUCUUGAUAAUUUUGCUACGAUGGCCAAAGAAAAUAUCAAUGAUGUGGUUCUGCAAAAACCAAAGUUUCAUGGACAAAAACAAAAGCUUGGGAAACUAAUUUCCACUAAACCAGGUGUUCCCCCAGCAGCGAAGUAUAACCUCGAGCUAAAAAGUUUCCGAGAUAGUUUACCAGUCUACGAACACAGAAAUGAGAUAGUAGAAACAAUAAAGGACAAUAAAUUUGUCAUUUUGUCUUCAGAAACUGGAUCAGGAAAAACCACCCAGGUCCCACAAUACAUCCUUGAAGAUGCUGUUACUAAUAAUAAACCUUGCAAAAUUAUAUGCACUCAACCUCGAAGGAUAUCAACGGUUGCUGUUGCAGAGCGUGUUGCCGUUGAAAGAAGAGAAUCUGUAGGUGAAACUAUUGGAUAUCAUAUUAAAUUAGAACAAAAGUACGGAGCCAAUUCCAAUUUAAUAUACUGUACUACAGGUGUGUUUCUAAGAAUCUUAAUGGGAUCAUCAGAUGCCUUGCAGAAUAUCACACACAUUAUAAUUGACGAAAUCCAUGAAAGGGACAAAUUAUCUGAUUUCAUAUUAAUUUGUUUGAAACAGCAUGUUCAUAAUUUUCCAAACCUGAGGGUCAUUCUCAUGUCAGCUACUAUCAAUUGUCAGAAGUUUGUGGAUUAUUUUAGUAAUGUAAAAGUACUUUCAAUCCCUGGAAGAGUGUUUCCGAUAGAAACCCACUUUUUAGAAGAAAUUUUGGCAUCAACAAACUACAUGUCGCUGAAAAUGUUAGAAGCAGAGGAUAAUGGAAAAUCCAAAAAGAAAAUACUAGUAAAUACCUUUUGUGAAGAGGUAAAAAAAACGGAUGAAGAUAAAGAUGAAGUGAAUGAAUGUAUGGAUGAAGAAUUGGAUAGUUAUCUUAAUUUUUCGGAAAAUUAUGAUUAUACAGUAGACAAUGAGGAAGCUACGGCACAGAUUUUUAUGUAUUUUAUUUCAGAGGGAGUUUCUGUGAACUAUCAACAUUCACAAAGUGGACAAACUGCUCUAAUGUUGGCUGCCCAUAUUGGAGACAAAACUUUUAUCAGCAGAUUAUGCAACAUGGGCGCUGAUCUUAACCUCCGGUGUAGAUUAGGCAAAACUGUUUUCGAUUAUGCAUGCAACGAAGAAGUAAUCACGUUGUUAAAAUAUGUACAGAACGAAAGACAAGGUGAACCGAUUGCAGAUCCACAUACAGAGGGCUUACGGUUACUAGAUCUGUAUGACAUAACAACACCAGAAGAUGUUAUUGACUUUGAUCUCAUAGUCACUGUGAUAAGUAGUAUACAUAAUAGUGGGAUCCCUGGAUCUAUAUUAGUUUUUCUACCUGGUUACGAUGAUAUUAUGAUGUGCAGUGAUAGCAUAGAAAAGUCGGACGCUUUGCUAGAUCAUAACUAUAAAAUAUUCUACCUCCAUGGAUCCAUGAACAUUAAGGAGCAAAAUGAUGUUUUUAAAGAAAUUGGUCUAAGAAAGAUUAUUUUGUCAACUAAUAUAGCAGAGACCAGUAUUACUAUCGAUGAUGUUGUAUAUGUGAUUGAUGUAGGAAAAGCAAAAGAAAAAGCAUUUGACGCCUAUAAUAAGGUAUCAUCGCUGCAUACAAAGUGGAUUUCACAAGCAUGCGCCAAUCAACGAAAAGGACGAGCAGGUCGUACAAAACCUGGCAGGUGCUUCCGGUUGUAUUCUAAACAACGCUACGAAAAUAUGGAUGCGGAAAGAGUUCCAGAAAUUCUCAGAAUUUCGUUAGAGGAGAUCUGUCUACACGCCAAAGUUCUUGCCCCCGACGACAUGGACAUAGACGGUUUUCUCUCAUUAGCAUUGGACGCUCCAGCAGCAAAUUCUAUCAGAGUUGCCGUGGAAAACCUUCAAUUUCUUGGUGCUCUAGACAAAGACGAAGAUUUAACUGUUCUCGGCAGCUAUCUCGCUCAAUUAACGUUGGAGCCUCAUUUAGGAAAAAUAUUAAUAGGGGGUGUUAUUACGAAGUGUCUGGAUCCUAUUCUAACUUUAGUAGCAACUCUCAGUCACAAAGAUCCAUUCCAGUUACCUCCCCAGGCACAUCUUAAAACACAGGCAGCUGGUAAACGAAAGGAGUUAAUUAAUGGUGUUUUGAGCGAUCAUCUCUUAUAUCUUGAACUUUUUAGAAAAUUUGAGGAAGCAACUGCGUCGGGUAAUGUAGGUCGUUUUUGUCAUGAAUACUUUUUAAGCCAGAACGCCAUGAGCUCCAUUAUAAAAACAAAAAGUCAAUUGAUGGGUCAACUUAAGAUGCUUAAUUUCGUCUCUGGCUCGGCCGGAUCUUACAGAAAUACUCAUUCAGAUUGUUGGCCAUUGGUGAAAGGGCUGAUUUGUACCGGAUUGUAUCCAAACGUAGCUUAUCCAAGCGGAAACAAACUACAAACAAGGAGAGCAACAUGUCCAUCCAUAUCGAAUUUUAGCGCAUGCUCACAUCAAGAAAUCAAGACGUGGCUUAUUUACGACGAAAUGUUAAAGCAGAAAGGUGGUUUUGGUCUUAGAGGAGUUACAGCUGUUACUCCUUUAACAGUCGGUCUAUUUUGCGGCAUGGACACGACAAUAGAAUCCCCAACGGAUUUGGAUAUUGACGGUUGGUUGAACUUUUCCUUUCCCAACGCAAACAUCAUCAACCUCCGCACGGCACUCGAUAACCUAUACCAAAAAGUGAUAACAGAGCCAAGCUAUAAAUAUUCCAAGUUCGACGAUUUAACUUUGAAAACUGUGGAAACUGUUUUGAACGAAGAAGAGGAAACAGCAGAGCUAAGAAUACCUACGUAUUUCGAUCCACUGCAAACGCCGUAUGUGCCACCUUUUCGUCGUCACCCUCCAUCAAACCACUAUCGUCAUGAACAAAACAGCAGAAGUUAUCAACGUAACGACUUCCGUCCAGGUGGAUCCCAAAGUAGGAGCCAUCAUCAACAAAGUCACCAAAGACCGAAUUACUAUAGACCGAAUAAUAACUAUCGUAGAGUAAAAACUGGAAAUAGUUCACGAUCAGUAGAGGCAGCUACCGAAGACAAUAACAUCUGUGAUUCAAUGGAGACUUUAGAUUUGGUACCUCAAAGUCCCGCAGAUUUUCUUCUUUCUGCAAUCAUGAAGAACUGUACUUCCUAGUGACUGUAUGUCGUAUUGAAAUGACAAAACGUUAACAAGGAACGGAGAGAUGACUUUUUUGAUACUUACGAUAAACGAAGGCAUUACUAAAAACCUGUGUCUUCGAUGUGAUACGUGGGAAUGAUGUGCAAACAAAAAAACCUUCAUCAUUUGAAACCAUAUUUAUCCAUUAUGGGACAACGCGCUCUAUCGUCCUUAUCUUUUUAGAGAAUGGGAUUGUAUUCGAAAGAAGAGCGUUAAAAUUAUUUUAGAUAUUUUUCUGUAAUUCUACACAAACGAUUGUUCUUUUAUAAUAUUUAUUAAUUUUUUUUCUUCUCCAGUGUAAUUUAUUUUUUUCCUCACAGUUUUUCUGAUUUUUUUUAAAAACUUAAAGACUGUUUUAAAAAACUAUUGAUUGUUUAUAUAAUUAUUUAAAAAGUGCAUGUAAAUAAUGUUUUGAUCAAAAUGUGUUAAUGGUCUUGUGUGAUUUAAUGUACAAUUUUUUUUAGUUAUUAAGUGCUAUUAAAAGGAAUUUAUUUUGUGAUAAAUAUUGAAAUAGAAAAAUGAAUUACGUAU